AUGGCUUUUCAAUGUUACUUUAGAACGUUUAAUUCACUUUUACGGCUUGGCAAGUGUAAUUUUUUAAAUACAAUCACUAAGUGCGGUUUUACAUUAAACGUUGAAAAAAGUCGGUUUAUAAAUAAUUACAAUAGAAAUCCUCUACUAAAUUUAAAAAGUUUAAGUAGGUAUUUAUCGGAAAAUAAUUUUAGUUCCGACUCAAUAAGUGGUAAACUUUACAUCGAAUUCACUUGUAAAAAGUGUAAUACGAGGAAUAAGAAAUUUAUGUCAAAGAUUGCGUAUAAAUCUGGCGUAGUGAUAAUUACUUGCGAGGGUUGUCAGAAUAAUCAUUUAAUUGCAGACAACUUAAAUUGGUUUACCGAUUUAAAUGGUAAAAAAAAUAUAGAAGAAAUUUUACGUGAAAAGGGGGAAUCGGUUCGGAAAUUACUGUCCGAAGACGGAGUUUCUGAAGUAGUCGGUGAAAAUUCGCACAUUUUACUCGGCAAAUAA